CUUUUUUCUUGUUGAGCAUUGGGCUUAGACAGCAUUAAAAUGUCGGGACGCGGAAAACAAGGUGGUAAGGCCCGCGCCAAGGCCAAGACGCGUUCCUCGAGGGCUGGCCUUCAGUUUCCCGUGGGCCGUGUGCAUCGCCUUCUCCGCAAGGGAAAUUACUCUGAGCGGGUCGGGGCCGGCGCGCCGGUGUAUUUGGCCGCAGUGCUGGAGUACCUGACGGCUGAGAUCCUGGAGCUGGCGGGCAACGCGGCCCGCGACAACAAGAAGACGCGCAUCAUCCCGCGCCAUUUGCAGCUGGCCAUCCGGAACGACGAAGAGCUGAAUAAGUUGUUGGGCAAAGUCACCAUCGCUCAGGGCGGCGUGCUGCCUAACAUCCAGGCCGUGUUGCUGCCCAAGAAGACCGAGAGCCACCACAAGGCCAAGGGGAAGUAAACUGGUGUAUUAGAAUCUUAGAUUCUUGAGUAUCUUAACCAAAGGCUCUUUUAAGAGCCACCCACAUAUUCAUUAAAAGAGCUUACCUUUUCUUGAUCUAACCAGCUGAUUGAAAAUGAUCUUUAGCGUAAUUUAUCAAUCUAAGAAGUAAAUGUCAAUACUUAAACUCU